UUCAAACAUGAUAUGAGAGUCGAUUUAACAAACACGCGUUGUUUUGUGUGAAAAAUGUGUUUUUAAAGUGUUGUUUAGCGUAGAUUAAAGUAAUUAUCAAAAAAUAAGUAACAGUGUUAUUCCGAUAGUGUUUUUAGCAUUAACACAAAAAAAUGAUUCUGAUUUGUUUAUUUAAUAACACUCGCUUUUAAAAAUUACGGCAAAGUAUCUGAUUAAUGAAGACACAUUCGUUUGGAAUUGUAUAAAAUGACGGGGUGCGUUUUUGUUACUGCGUACAAGAAGCUAUGGUACUUUCUCCGUACAUACAUCCUGACGGUGCCGCGCUUCGAUCUGUUCCUGCAGGGGGCGUUGCUGAUCGUAGUUCUGUUGGAGACCAACGUCUACCUGCUGCUGAGAAGAAACGCCGGCACCGGCUUCUUACGCUCUAUUAAUGAAGAUUGGGUAAAACUAGGGUCAGCGGGAGCAGAAUUCAUCCUAGGCGCGGCGCUAGGCUGGUGGGGAAGGACCUGGAGAAAUCUGGCGCUCUCUGGAUGUCUAGGAAUCACAGCUGCGUCGGGACUAAUCGUGCUUGCUUUCCCAUAUGAGGAAUCACAUCCUUUGGCAGUUGAAUUAUGCGGAGGAGGUACAAUUUCUGCGUACUUCUCCACGUCGACAACACCUGAGGAUACAUACGUGUCAGCGCGCACGGCUUUCCUCGUGCUGACAGCGGUGCUCUGCGCACUGACUAAGAUCAGCGUUUGGGCGCACGGUCUCACGUACCUGGAUGACCACGAGCCACAGAACGGACCGUACUUCUAUGGUAAAUUUAUCAUGGUUAUCUAA